GGCCCCCUCCCUGAUGACACCUGAGCGGAUCGUCUUACCGGAAGCGAAGUCCUCGCUAGCUUGUUGUUAUUUCUUGUUACCUGCACACACGACGAUACAGGUGGAGCUUUUGUCAAGUUGCCAGAGUCGACCAAGUGUUUAAAAUUGCAACUAAGAGGCUUGUUCAGGUGGAUACGUUUUUUUUCCAAACCAUUACUUCUGUGAAGCUUUUGUCACGAAAGAACACCACUGAGACCGACGACGAAGAUGAUUCACGGUUGGUUGGUUUCAGUGCUUUUGUUCUCGUCUGUUGCAACAGGUGUGAGAGGCUUUUUAGUAACCACUGGCAAUCCAAAGGUACAAGUAAAAGAACAUGCAGGGGUUGACCUUACAUGCUCCUAUUCAGCGGACUUUGGUUCAAAUGCCAGGGUGGAGUGGAAAUUCAAGGACCGCUCGGGUUCACAGAAUUUUGUUUGCUUUGAUGGCAAGCCCACUGCACCGUAUUCCGACCGUGUGACAAUGUAUGGCAGCAACCUGAGAUUCAGCAAAGUGACCCGCAAGGAUAAUGGAGAGUACUACUGCGAGGUGUCUGGGGUUAAGUUUGGGGAGACCAGAGUGACUCUCACAGUACUAGUGCCGCCGUCUACACCCCUGUGCAGAAUUCCCACCUCGGUGACGACUGGAAAAAAGGUCUUGCUGUCCUGCCAUGACAUGGAUGGCUCUCCUCCUCCCCAAUAUAAGUGGUACAGAAAUGGCGUCCUUCUGCCACCUGAGCCGAGCAAGAUUUCCGGCUUCCAGAAUUAUACCUACCUGAUGAACUCUAGUAAUGGCAAUCUGGUGUUUCCGUCCAUCAAAAAGACCGAUGCGGCCGAGUACUACUGUGAGGCUUUAAACAUUGCUGGUCCUCCUCAGCGCUGUAAAGCUGUGAAAAUGGAAGUCCGUGACAUCAACACAGGAGGCAUUGUUGCUGGUGUAAUUGUGGCUCUCCUGCUGCUCGUCCUACUCGCUGUGGGAAUUUGGUACGCACACAAGAAAGGAUACCUGCCCCAACUGACUGAAAGCAGACAAAAACCCAACAUGGUUUACCAGCCGCCUUCAGUGUAUGGUGGUGAGGAUGAUGAUGGAGAUUUCAAGCAGAAGUCAUCUUUUGUGGUAUAGUCUACAAACAACAGCCUGGUUUCAACUGUUUUAGUGUGUGCCUUUGCAGUUUAUACAUGACAUCCUAACAUUUUAAAAAUAAUAUAUGAUCCAAAGUUGUCAUAUAGCAGCGUGACCAUAAAUUUAUUUCAUCUGCUGUACAUCAGCUUGUCGGUUUUACACAUCAGUUUUAGAAGAAAUAAGGAACUACAAGCCAGUAAUGGCACACAAGUUUAAUAGUGUCUGUUGUGUUACUAAGCACUAAAAUUCUACCUGUUUUAGGAGUGUGCUGCUUGUUUGCAUGUUGAAUUAAUACUAGCACAAGUCAUUUUAAUUACAUGUCAACUUCAAGCUGUUGAAGAUCACUAUUGGUAAACCUCGGUGUACUAUGGAAGUUAUGAAGUUUUAUUUCUGUAGAUAGUCUAUUUGUUUGUGCUGUUCAUAAAAUCAGUUAUUUUACCUGGCCUUUGGUGUGACUGACAUACUUUGUAUUAUAUGUAGGUUUUUAGGUUAAUAUUCGAAUAAAAAUACAGUGGAAACUAGGUUAUAGAACCGAAAUAUAUAUAUUAAUACAAAAAAUGUUGCCAAUACAAAAUAAUGUAAAUCCAAUUAAUCUGUUCCGGAAAGCCAAAAAUGUUAACGUAAAACCCAUUUUUGUAGUUUUACAAUUAUAGUUUUACAUGCAGAAAACCAUUGAAAAUGCACAUGAAUACAUAUAAAUGGAAGGGAUAAAUGAACAGUUAAGGUUACCUUUACCUUCAUUGAAGAUUUGAUUCUCGAGGUGGAUGAAAACAGGAAAGCGGUGGUGGUUGAUCUCGCUGCCACAUCAUGUCUUUGGGAACAGUCGCUUCAAUGAAGGUACAAAUAAAUGCUCAUUUAUCCCUUUCAUUCGUCAUUUGUAUGCGUUUUUAUGCAUGUAAUACUAUAAUUAUAAAACAAUAAAAAUGUGUUUUGUGUUACCGUUUUUGAAAGUCAAAUGAAGACAUCAUAUACUGUACAGGCGACAAAACUUCAGUUGCUGGUUGCCUUUUUGUAAGCUAGCUAAUAGGAUGCUAACAAGGAAGGACGUUGUCUGAUAAAUACAGGGUGGGCCAAAAGGAGUUACCCAUCGUUUUUUCUGCACUAUUCAAAAAUGCUUGCAGACAAACAUGACACACAUUGAACACAGUUUCCAUACUUUAUUGUCAACCACCAAAAAGAUUUACAUCUCAAUAUGGCCACCCUUUGCCUUUAUCAUAGCCUGGAGACGACCUGGCACUGCCUGGCAUGAGCGCCGCACUAUCUCUGCAUCAAGUUUUGACUAUGAUGUCAUCAAAGCUUUCUUCAAAGCGGUGACACUGCUGUGAUAUACUCUUGAGACCUCCCUCUCCAGGAUAGACCAGAUCGCAAAGUCCAUUGGGUUGAUGUCCGGACUUGAUGGAGGCCACAUGUUCUUGUCCCAGAAGCCAGGAAAGUGCUCCUUGCACCAGGUUUGUGUGACAUUGGAUGUGUGAGCGGGUGCACCAUCUUGUGUGAAAAUAUACUGGUUUCCAAACGCAUUGGUACACCAUGGCAACACGUUUUCUUCAAGCAUUUGAAUGUAGACCUGGCUGUUCACUUUCACACCCUCCUGAAUGAAGACCAAAGGAGAUUUUGAGCCAUCAGAUGCAACAGCAGCCCACACCAUGACUCCAGCUGGCUUCUGACGACGGAAAUGAGUUCUGCAGCCUUCUGGUAGGUGCUGUGUACUAUGUGCAUAAACCCUGUCAUUCUGGGAAUUGACCACUGCCUGAACGGUGAAGAUCUUCUCAUCAGACCAAACCAGGACUUUGUUUGCGGCACUCUGGAUCUCCUGCAGCAUCAUUUUCCCCCUGUGAAGCCGUUUUUUCUUUGAAGCGGCUGAAAUUAGUUGUCUGUGUUGCAUUUUUAGUGCUUUCAGUCUAAGAUCCUGUUUGACAAUUCUUCUCAAUGAAGUUCUUGAGAUGUUCACUUCCUUUGCUGUUGCCCUCAUGCUCCUGCGAGGAUUCCUUUGGACUCUCUUCCUCACCAUCUCAACAACCCUUUUGGUUCGGACUGAACGUUUUCUUCCAGGGAUUGGCUUGCUGGUGGUCUCGCCAGUCUCCUUGUAUCGUUUCAUGACAUUGUAGACAGUCUUACGACAAACAUUCACCUUUUUCAUGAUUUCCUUUGUUGUCAGUCCAGCCUCCUUCAAGGCCACAAUCUGGUCACGCUUACCCUUCGAUGCCAUACUCGACACUCAUUAGGAGUAAACAACUGAACUUUGGUACAUCAAAAGCUAUACCUUUUGAGAGAAACUAUCCAAAAUUUUAAGCUUCUAGGACAAAACCUAAGCGAACACGAUAGAGAUAUGCGAUGGGUAACUCCUUUUGGCCCACCCUGUACAUCAAGAACACUGUGGGGACUCCGUGAAUUAACAACACAAGAUGCGUGCCUUAUUGUACGCCAACCGGAGAAUACACACAAACCGAGGCAAAAUUCUGGUGUAAGUUUUUCACGUUCACCGAAAAACAUGCUAACCAGGGCUCACGCUAACUGAGAUUCCACUGUACUGUAUAAUUUAACUGGAGAAUGAAUGUAUGUUACAUUUGUUUUAAACUGCUGUUUGGGAACUACAUUGGUUAGACCAGUGGUGUCCAAAGUGCGGACCAUGGGCCAUUUGCUGCCUGUGGCUCAUUUUUUAAAUUGAUUUUUUUAUUGGCCUGAAGCAUAUAAAUAAAAUAGAAUUUUUUUUAAACAGAAAAAAAUGGAAAAAUAGAGCAAAAAGGCACAAUCUAAAGAGAAAAGGCAGACGGUGAUACUAAUAACUAACAACACAAUGCAAACUUUUUUGUCUUUUUUUACAAAAUGAAAUAAAUAUGCUUUGAUUUUUCAAUAUGCAGCACUCACUGGAAAAAGUUUGGACACCCCUGGGUUAGACUAUUGCAAGCAGGGUAGUGUUUUUAUGUUGUUUUUUUAAAUUAAGGUAAUAGAAUCAUAUCACUGGAGAGUGUGAAUUAAACUGAGUGGACAUUUUUGUAUGAUCCUGUAUUGCCUUAAUACAACUAUGAAUUUACUUACCCCAACUUAUUUUCCUGAUUCUUUAUGCUUUUGGUAGGUAACUCUUCAACAAUCACGUGUUUACUGGGUUGACAUAGACAGACAUUGGUACAUAUCAUGAAUUUAUACAAUAUCUAAUACAAUAUUUAUUUGGGAGCCCUGUAUGUUUUCCACAUAUGUUUGGAGCUGAUGAAUCAACCUGAUGAUGUAACAUUUCUAUGUUGCUAAUAAAAAUGUGUUGUUUAAA